AGACGGACAUAUACUGUAUGAUCCUCCCUGUGUGAAGUGAAAAUGGAGUUAAUGUAGGCGCACGUCUGUACCAUAUGGACUGAAUGCAGUUACUGCCGCUUCGGAUUUCUGAACUUCAAGCCAAAACACUCCAGAGAGAAAAUGUGGAGAUACAUGAACUUGUGUGUCUGUCUGUUGAUUUUGUGUAAGGAUGCGUCCUCACAGACCAAGAUCUUUGGGGAGACUGAGCCUGUCCGGAUGACGUCAGAGGGUUCAGACUGCCGCUGUAAGUGCAUCAUGCGCCCUCUAAGCAAGGAUGCGUGCCUGCGGCUGCGGAGUGGCACUGUACGUGUGGAAGACUUCUACACGGUAGAGACGGUCAGCUCCGGAUCCGACUGUAAGUGCUCGUGCACGGCCCCACCGUCCUCCCUCAACCCCUGUGAGAAUGAGUGGAAGAUGGAGAAACUAAAGAAACAGGCCCCUGAGUUACUAAAGCUCCAAUCUAUGGUGGACCUCCUCGAGGGGACCCUUUACACCAUGGAUCUAAUGAAAGUCCACUCCUACAUCAACAAGGUGGUGUCGCAGAUGAACACCCUGGAAGAGACAAUCAAGACAAACCUUACACGGGAGAAUGAAUUUGUCCGGGACAGCAUGAUGAGCCUUACCAACCAGUUUAAGAAAUAUGAGAACUACUCCAACAUUAUGAUGGGCAUCAAGAAGGAGAUCUCCAGCCUCAGCCUGCAGCUGCUACAGAAAGACAAAGGACAGGACACUAAUGAUGAGAAAACCAAAGUGGCUGUAAAAAUACCCAACAAAAAGACCCCUGCAGCCAAACCCCCUCUGAAACCACCCAAGGAAAAGGCCAUAAAGCCCAAGAAAGAGGUCAUUAAACCUGGGAAGCCGGUCAAGCCUGACCCUACGGCCAAAGCCAAGGUGAUUGGCCACCAGCCCGGUGUGGUGAGGGGCAUCACAUACUACAAGGCUGCCAAGACCAGUGAUGAGCACAGAGAAGACCACUCUGCGAAAACGUACACAGUCCAUCACAUCACAGAGAGCCAGUCUGAGGACGGAGGAACUGAAAUGCUCCUGGAAACCAUGGAGGCCACUGUGGCUGAACCCAUCACAACCACUGCAGUUUCCACCAAUACAACUAUUACCACCAUCCCAACUAUUAGUAUCACAACUACCACCAAAACUACACCCACUACUAUCACCACACAAAGAACACCAGCAUCUGAAAGACCAGCUCCGACCAUAGUGCUGAUGCUAGACAACUCCAACAACAACAGUCGGCCUACUCUCCACAGAGCUGGGAAGAUCCUCAACUGUGAAGGGACUCUAGCAUCCAUUGAGCAACCAGAGAAGCAGCACAGUUAUGGGCGCAACGAGGGAGCCUGGAUGAAGGACCCCCUGGCUAAAGACUCCAAGAUCUAUGUCACUAACUAUUACUACGGUAACAAUUUGGUGGAGUUCCGCAACCUGGACAACUUCAAACAAGGCCGCUGGAGCAACCUUUUUAAACUGCCUUACAACUGGAUAGGAACAGGCCAUGUCGUUUAUAAUGGAGCCUUCUACUACAACAGAGCCUUCACCAAGAACAUCAUCAAGUAUGAUCUGAGGAUGCGAUAUGUGGCAGCCUGGACAUUAUUGCACGACGUGGUUUACGAGGACACCACCCCCUGGAAAUGGAGGGGCCACUCAGACAUUGACUUUGCAGUGGAUGAAAGCGGCCUGUGGGUGAUCUACCCUUCCGUGGACUAUGACUACAACCAGCAUGAGGUGAUUGUCAUCAGUAAACUGGAUCCCGGAGACCUGUCCUUGAAAAAGGAAACAACCUGGAGGACAGGUCUCAAGAGGAACUCUUAUGGGAACUGCUUCAUCAUCUGUGGCGUCUUGUAUGCCGUCAAUGUGUACAACCAGAGAGAAGGGGAGGUGAACUAUGCUUACGACACCCACACCAACACGGAAGCCAUCCCACGCCUGCCUUUCACAAAUGAUUACUCCUUCACCACCCAGAUUGACUAUAAUCCCAAGGAGAAGGUUUUGUAUGCCUGGGACAAUGGUCAUCAGCUGACAUAUCGGGUAAACUUUGUUGACCAGUGAGCACAGCUAGUUUGUGCUACAGAUAAGCACACAGUAGGGCUGCCAAGUAUAGCACCUAUAUAGAAAGAAGAUGCUCAGUAUUUGAAAGCCUAGAAGCAGUCAUAUUGGGCUAAACAGGACAGAGGAUGAAUCUACACCAGCCUUCCAGUACAAAUGCAUGCUAUUCAAACACCUGACCUCAUAUUGUUCCAAACAUACAUGCCUCAAAUAUGUACUGGGAUGUUUUUGUACAAUAUGUCAAUAGAAUAAGACAGCAAACAGUGGAAAUAAUCUAACGGGUUGAGUUAAAACUCAUCAGGUAGAGGUAGAGUUUGGAAUCAUAGAGAUUUUUUUACAUCUUCAUUUAUGAAAUGUCAGCAGGCUGGCUAUCGAGCAGAAAGAUAGAUAGCUAUAAAUGGUGAGUUUAAAAUAGAUAUAACAUUUGUAACAUCAUCGAUUGGUUUCUGAAGGGACACUUUGAAGCUUGUAUUUUGGAUAUAUCACUAGAUGUCAUAGUAGAUGUUGUUAGUUUCUGAGGCCUGAAAACCCAAAUUUGGGCAGAGGCAUGAGCAGCGGCUGAGUGAGAUAGGGUUAUGUUAAUCAAGCACAACACUCCCCGAAUGGAAGUGUUGAUAUCCUUCUAAUAGAGUGCUUCGGAUAAGUCUAUCUUAUUAUAAUAGCUAUAUGGCUACAUGUAAGGUGAAAGUGCAUAACUACAGUAUAAAAUAUGGCAGGUAAUUACACUUGUUUUGAGUAACUCAUGCUAUCUUCAACUGAACUUUAGAAUGCAUUUUUACAUAGAACAAAGAUUGCUGAUUUUGCACCCAGUUUUUCACAACCUCUAUAGACAGGAGGAAUGAUGACAGUAAAUAAUAACUCUUUAAAAAAUACAUUUGGGCCCCUGAGUAUUGUAUUAAAACAGACGUGAAAAUCUCAGAACCUAUCCGAAAUCGUCCGUUUGUGACAAAUGUGUUAGAUUAGGUGGAAAAGGCUCUGCUCUUUGAGGGAGCUCUUAAAGAAUCCGAAUAGCAACAAGAACUCUGAUGUGAGAACUAAUCCCUUUCAAAAAAAACACAUACAUAAACAUUAAAUAUUAGUUAAAUCAGUGAUUCUAAACCAUGUCACUCUGACAACUAAAGUCAGGCUUUUUACCAAUAGCAAACCGUCUUGGCAGUGCUUACCUUUCAGGACAGGAGGGUCCAAAAUGAUGGAGGAAGUUAUCAUAACGUAUUAACUGUAUUUCUCCAUUCACUUUUAUUUAACCCUUAUCUGCAGGAAUAUAAAAUGCUCCACAAAAUAGACACUUAUCACACAACAGUCAAUGGUUACUUAUUGUCCCUUUUACCAACAAAGAGGUAUUUUGACCAUGAUUGUGACUGCCUAGCCAUAGAAUGUUCCUGGCUGGCAUUGCCCACUACAGAAGUUCACAGACUAACCCUUCUGUGCCGAUUUUUGGUGUGAUUGGGCCUUAAUGGUAAGAGGUGUCAGAUAAUAAUGGCUUCUCUGUAUACCUGUAGGAAUACGUUUGGACAUUCCUAAUCAGCCAGUAGCCAAAAAGAUGAUGAAUAAUCCAGUGAUGGCGAAGCAGGAUUUAAUCAGCUGGUGCUAAUCAGCUAAUGCAAGCAGGACUUGAGUGCUAUAACUGAACACUGGGCUGUAUUAAUGUAUUUUCAGCCAAGAGUUUUCUUGAAGUUAACAAAGGAAAUACAGCAUAAGAAAUUUGUAUUUAUCUUCAGUAUUCAACCAUAGUUGUUCACACUUGGGUUGAAGAGAUAAGUUGGCUUACGUAGCUAAUGUAUUAAAUAAUGUAGCAUGGCUAGAUUUAGCAACCAUCAUCAGGCUUCCUAAUCUUAGAUACUUCCUCUUUUUUUUAACACAGAAAGUAUUAUUUAGCUUCUCCCCCCGACAUUCAACUCAACCAAGGAGAUUAUUUCUGCCUCAAGAAAAGUUCUGCUUCUGAGAAAUGUUUGUAAAACUAAACUAUUAGCAACUUUCUCACCCAUCUACUCCAUCCUAUCACCAAGCACUUUGACCACGAAUCUGCUUUGUUUAUUAUUCCAGCCUCAUGAUGCUUCCUGUCUCUUUACCAUAGAUAUUGCUUUGAGGGAUGCAUUGAAUAUAAUUGAACUCCAAAAAAACACUGUACACAUUUCAAAAUUUAAGACUUUUCUAUUCACCUGAAUUCAUUUAACAAUUAAUAUCAUACAUUUUUUUGUCAAAGAUCCAUGCAUCUUGUUAAAUUUCUUUGCUGUUGUAUAGUAGUAUGCAGCUUUUGUCAUUGUUAAUAACAUUUGCAUAACCACUACAUUUGUUGUAAAUAUUGUGCAUUUGAACAUUUUCACCUCAAUGCAAAUUAAGAACCGGGAUCAGUCAUGCUAAUACAAAAGGUGUACUGUACCAUUAGCUUUUCCAUCUUCAACUAGAAAAUAUGCUAAGUAGAGCACAAAACUCCGCCAAGGCUAAUGUCAAACAACAUAAAAGACUUCAGAGGAAAAAACUAAUAUUCAUAGUAAAUGAUCCAGAUCCUGCUGACAAAUAACAAACAAACAAACCAACAAACAAACAGACACAGGUGAUCACAUAACCUCCUCAGCGUAGGUGACAAUGGAUACCAUAUACCAUGAAUGUUUUUGUUUUUGACAGUAACAGACAGCACUCUGUGAGGCACAUAGUGGGAAUGGUAAGACACACAAAAUAACAAUUACAGCACUUCAUAGUGCUGUUUUGGUCUCGUACACUAUUCAAGAUUCAAAACAGCAUUAUUUUACCUGUUCUUGAAUUAGUGUUUUGUUAAUUUUAUUCAUAAAAGGCAUGCUGAUUGCACUAAAGUAUUUUGUUAAAGUGCAAAGUCUUUAUACUUACACAAUAAUGUCUUGAAACAUUGACUUGAA